AUGCGUGAGGCGUACAUGAAUUCAUACAUGAUGCAAUACCAUAGCUACGUAUCUCUAGUUAACCGCUGCCGGCGAAGCAUUGGCGGGCACGUCAGAGCUGCCGCUGAGGAGGGAGCUCCGGACAUCCCAACUUUCGGUGGCUUUGGAGACAAGGAAGGCUUCAACGGCGCGUGGCCGUCAGACCAGUAUCUUCGGGCUGUUUGGCACAAGUGGUUCUACGACACGGUUGUGAUAGAGGCUGACGGCGUUCGCAUGACCAGAGAAGACUAUCUCCAGCGCGUGGGACAACUCGUGGACGGAAUGGUCCUGGCAGGCGAUGCAUCUUUCAAGUACGCGAAGGUCAUUCGGUUGACGUCAGCGGGAGAAUCCACGAAGAGCAAGCCCAUUCAAGGCAUCUUCACCAUCUUGAACGAAUACGAGCAGGCGGCCGAGGGGGGAGCCGAACUAGCAGCCUUGACGUUUCCGGAAGGCAAGACGGGGGUGAGGGUCUUCGACAAGACAGCGAUUGACAUUGCCGUGGCCAACCUUGUUGGAGGCUGCGCGACGCAGGGGAUGGUGCUUGGGAUGGACUGUGAGUGGGAACCAGCGUUCAACGGCAGCUCGGAGAGGCCUGUUUGCACCCUUCAGCUUGCACUCCCGGACGGCACCUCCUCUCUGUUUCACUUGCAACGCGGUGGAAGAGGUAUAACACCUUCCACCUUCAACACCAACCUCAAGAGGCUACUGGGUGACUUGGCUAUCACCAAGGUUGGCGUUGCGGUCAAGGGUGACGGGAAGCGCCUUCAACGAGACUACGACGUGGAGACCCGUGGCAUGGUGGAUCUGAGGAGCUACGCCCGCGCUUGCUGGGUGGACCUGCCUUGUCGGAGUCUCGCAGGGAUGACUGCCACUGCUCUGGGGAAGUAUCUCUCGAAGGAUGCUGCUGGACGCUUCUCCCACUGGAGCAGACCAGAGCUGACGCCGAAUCAGAUUGAGUAUGCUUGCCUGGAUGCAUACGCGGCGGUGCUUUUGCACGCCGAAAUCGGCAAGUUCAAAGAUCCCAUCUUCGGCGAGGCGCCAAGCGAAGUGCCAGCUGCGGGGACGAAGACCGAAGAGGAAGCGACCUCACUGUUGGAGAAGUGGGGCACGGUUUUGACACUGGGUGGGAGGGUAGGGACGCGCAGUGGGGGGCUGCAGCGUGUUGUGGUCAAAGUAGACAACGCCCUCAAGCCUUCCAGUUUCGUGCCGCACGAUAAGGCUCCUCCACCAGCACAAGAUGGGCAGCGGCGUGUAACAGUCAAGGACGUGGUUGAUGGGGCCGGCUUUGUCCUAUGGGAUAUCGUACAUGUUCGACUGGCAUCCGCUCACCGCUCGUUUGAAGGUACACCUUUGCCAGGCGGCGCGGCGGACGCCGAUGCUCACCAAGACGAUUUCUUCGACGCGCCAAGACCAGCACAGGCUGUCUACCAGAACGGUGGUGAUGUUGAGAGCGAUCUUGAAGCCGAUAGCGAGAGUGACGACGACACCUUCGGUGAGAGCGGGGCAGGUGCUGAUUUGGCGAGCAGUGAAGCAAGCAGUGGAGGACCCAGCGCUAGCGGGGCGGGCGCUGAUGCUGCUGUGGCGUCACAGGAAGAAGCUGGCGAUAUGUUCUUUGUGCGACUCGACCUGUUCCAUGCCCUCAACCGCCUGUCACGCACGAUCAAGAAAGGCCACGGCGCCUUCAGGCCGAUCAUGGCGCGGUUGCGUGACGCCUGUUUUCUUGUCAACCGGGACGACGUCCUACAGAUAGAGAAGGUGCUGGAACGUCGCGGUAUGUCGCCGGCACAGGUACAGCAGGCCAAGGACCAGGACUGGUCGUAUUUCCUGAGGAAAUGCCGGCGUCUUGUCCCUCCACCGAGCGAGCUGCUGAAGCGCUUCGACAAGGUCGUCCAGGAAUUUGGCAACUGUGUCGACAACAUCUCCAAGGAGGUCCUGCUGCGCCCGAAAUCGAUGAAGGCCGUGAGCCUGCUGCGAAAGCACAUCGUGGCCGGAUGCUUGAGUGAUCCUGACGGCGUGGCGAUGUACUACGCGGUUGGCAAGACCACGGACGGUCUUGUCAAUUAUCGUUGCGUGCGAGGCACCAACGAUGUCGAGGGUUACCACCGCUACCUGCGCACUCUUCUGGCCUCCUACUGCGCGUCGCCCGCCCUAGCACAAUCGGUGUUGCUGGAGUUCAAUUUCCGGUGGAAUCUAAAGAUGAUGGUCAAGAACCGUGGUUUACCCGCGGAGCUGGGGGAGCACUACAACCAGCACCUUGUGGAGAUCAUUCAGCGGGCAACCGAGUUGCCCCGUCUUCUCGCAAUGGCCAGCCGCCGUCGAUUCAGUGGACACAGGCGAGAGGAGUGGGCUCGGCCGGAGCUUGGGGGGGGGGGAGAACGCGAAGGCGUGGAAAGGGGCCGGCCACGAGUCGUCGUGCGCAGAAGUGGACGAUGUCGAUGAUGUCAACGGUCGAACGCCGCUGUCACAUCUGACGCUUUCGGCGAAGCUGUAUGCGAGAAUGAUGGGCGAGAAGAUGCCAGAAACUCGGGUGUACACCAGGGAAGAGAAACGCAAGUUUCGGGAGGAGCUCGGUCAGAACUAUUGGCAACCGGGCGGUCCCAUGGGUAGAGCUCAGCAGUAUCAGCGUGUGAACUUUGACGGAUGGGCAGUCAAAUGGAACGCGUACUGCGAUCAGAUCCAACAGGGGACUGUGAAGUGGGUUCCGGUCCACCGACAGACAGCAAAGCAGUUGGAGGAGUACUAUGCGCAGGUGGAGCGCAGUACGAACGUGACGUUGACGUUGUACCCACACCGUGAUGCCGCAAACGCUCUCCGCACCGAACUUCAGAGGCCGGCGGAUGGCUCAGUGUUCGAGGGCUCAGUUGCACAGAUGCAGCCGGUUGCGCAAGGCGUCAAUUGCUGGAGGGGGCCCCCUAGAGAGUGGACCGAGCGGGAUUGUCGCCGCUGCCGCUGCCGCUGCCGCUCGCGCUGCAGCCACUGCCAGAGAGUCUACCGCGCAGGGAGGGGGGGCAAGUGGAGCAGGCGCUGCCGACAGCGCGAGUGGUGUUGCCGUCGCCUCAAGUGGGGCAGGGGGUACCGGGAGCGACAGUGGUGCUCCCGUCACCAUUCACCCUGCGCCGGCUGCUCGGGGAUUGGCCAGGGGGGGGGGGGGGAGGCAGCAGCAGCGGCGGCCGCAGAUCUGUGUAGAGUGUAGACACUGCAGUUUUGCCGCGGCAUUCGCCAGGAAUCAUAGAGCGAGAAGAUUGGGCGGGGGUUGCACGGUCUCAGAGGACAGGAGGAGGCCUGAUUCCGACAGGACUGGGCGGAGGUCUGCCGGUGGCCCAAAGAAACAGUUUUGGCCCAUACCCGUGCGUUGAAUGCCAACCUCUGUUUGACGAAUUCAACGCCGGCACGAUGUAGACCUUGGUACAGCAGUAUGUAGUCGUUUUUUUGUUGUUUUGGCGUUGGCCCAUGUGAGGCUGCUCACUUGUCUUGGUAGAUUUUGACGAGGCACCCGGUGCAAUGAGGAGCUUGGUGCGUACAAGAAGUAAGGAUAACGAACGAUAUUUCUCCGCGGCGUG